AUGUCUGGACGCGGCAAGCAGGGUGGCAAGGCUCGCGCUAAGGCCAAGACCCGCUCUUCCCGAGCCGGCCUGCAGUUCCCCGUGGGCCGCGUGCACCGGCUGCUCCGCAAGGGCAACUACUCGGAGCGGGUUGGCGCCGGCGCCCCGGUCUACCUGGCGGCCGUGCUCGAGUACCUGACGGCCGAGAUCCUGGAGCUGGCGGGCAACGCGGCCCGGGACAACAAGAAGACGCGCAUCAUCCCGCGCCACCUGCAGCUGGCCAUCCGCAACGACGAGGAGCUCAACAAGCUGCUGGGACGCGUGACCAUCGCGCAGGGCGGCGUCUUGCCCAACAUCCAGGCCGUGCUGCUGCCCAAGAAGACCGAGAGCCACCACAAGGCUAAGGGAAAGUAAAGCCUUAACACGAACUCCCAGGAUCGUCACGAUAAUUGCAAAGGCUCUUUUAAGAGCCACCCACAGUUUCUUUUUAAAGAGCUGCUCACUAGGUCGAGCUCAUGUAGGGAAAUUAGAUGAGUGCACCAUUACCUGGUGUUGCUUACAUUUUUGUUUUUCUGUACAGACG